GAGGAAAUAAAGAGAUUAACCCACGAGCGUGAUGCCCGGAGCAGUAUCCACAAUCAAGAAAUGAAAGAUGUGAUAGAUUUGAAGAACAUAGAGGUGCAGCAGCUGAUUUCUGUUCACAACGAGCUGGAACGAGAGCUCCAUAACCUCCGCAGCACACAGAAGGUUACAAAAUCAGAGAAUGAGAAAUUAAAACGUACCAACCAAGAUUUGGAAUAUGAUCUGGAGAAAAUACGAGAUCAGCUGUCUGAAGCCCAAGGCUGUUUGAGUGAUAUGAAACAAAAAAUGAUUCAGAUUGAGGCUGAAAAGGAGGUAACAGAUUGUAAAGAUUCUAUGGACAUUUCAAGUGCUCAGUUCUACCAGAUUUUUUUCCAGGAUCCUACACUGAAAGAUCAGCAUAAGGAACAUGAGCCUGAAGCCAGUGAUCCCCAGGAAUCUGCAGAACAUUUGCAAAAUAUAUCCAACUAUACUGAUGAUUUCAAAACAUCAAGAUCAAGAGUCAUCUCUAUAGAAGAAGAUCCAAUGCCAGAGUAUUUGUUAAAAGACUACACACAUCCUGAAGAGAGUAUUGAAGAAGAGAAGGCAACUCUGGAAUUUACAAUCACACAAUUAUUAGCCCAAAAGGAAGAACUAGCAUCAGCUGAUUCUUUCCUUUCUCACUCAACUGGAGAUACUUCACCUACUUUAAAAUAUUCAUCAUUUCCCGUCCUUAAAAGUCCAGGUCACGUAGACAAAGAGGAACAAAAGGGCAUACAGCCAAAAAGCAGUACGCUUAAAAAAGGUACAUUACCAGGAGAUGUUCCUGAAGACAUCAAGCAUCACUCAGAGCAUAAUAAUGGAAAAACUGAU